GAACCUUAAAGAAAUAGCUUUGUGUUAUGUUGCGUGUUGUAAAUGGUGGCACUAGUUGUAAUACGCCUUCCUAAUCGAUGAAUUAAUUUUUAAAGAUAUGAGUUAGCGCUCUUUAAAAGCAUUUUGACAAUGACUUUUAAUAAACAGAAAACUACUGUUGUUUCCAGGGGAUUAUUGAAAUGAUCCUAGAUGAAUUACAGUAGGAUCUCUGAGAAGGUUCCUAGUAGGUUAAAUUGCUUUGUAUUUAUGACAUACUUACAUAUCCUUCUUGACUCAUCUAUACUCCUCAUUUGACAUUGACAAUAAAUUCUUUACAGUAUCGUUGUCAGUCGAGAUCGUCCUCUUAUCCCCUUAGUACAACAAGGUGAACAAGAGACCAACUUCAUUAUCUGUUGCACGUUUUACAAAAUCAGAAACAAGAUAUGCUUUGAUUUGAUAAAUAUGAUGGUUAUGAUUGCCAAAAUAAGUAACUUUCAUGCAGACUGGGUGAUAGAGUGAUGAAAUAUUUAGGUUGCUACCUGUAGUUCACUGUUUUCUUUAAAUUUAAGCAACAUAAACAUGAAAUAGUCAUUGUAUUAUUUUUUCGUUUUCUUGAGGUCCAGGUUUCCUGUGCUUGUAACAGUUUGUUUCUCUCCUAUACUUUUGUACGAUAAACAAGAUUUCCGCCAAAGGCAGACAUUUCUCCUAAUCUCGUUUGCACUCCCUCGCAUAUCUACAUGGGCGACUAUGUAGAUAAUGCCGCUGGACACGACAAGUCUUCAAGAUCAUCAAAACGUUCAAAAAGCUUAUCGUUGGAAAGUUCCCUUUGUCCAUUACGCAAUGGAAAACCCGUUUAUCUGCCAGCAUUUGUUGAGAAAAAUCCACAUCUUCUUUCGAGCCAGUUAUCUAUGGGGCAGAAACAAUAUUUGUGGGGCAUUGCACGUAUAUACUCGUUGUCUCGUUUGAAAUCACAGGUUCAACAGCAGUAUCAAGCUUUACUUGAUUACGAGUUCAAAAAGAGAAUGAAACUAAUGGGAAUUACUGAACGUGAGAAAAUGAAAGAGAUGAAAGACUAUCUACGAUACAAGAAGUUUAUUCAAAACUAUGAUCAGAGAAUACCCAAAAAUUUACGAUCAAAAGUCGAGCAGAUAAACAGCGACAACGUACAUAAACACGUGAAAAUGAAAUACUCUACAACACGUGUUUGUUCACGUGUUGAUUCUUUCCCAACACCGCCUUUGUCCACAGGAGUUUUGAAAAAUGAAGAACAUUCCCCUACAAUGAACAAACGUGGUGAACAUAUUUACAAACACAUAAUUAAGGGAUGGACUACAGAUCCAAAUGCCAAUGACGUCUUUGUUAGAGGUUUAUAUGCAAAUCCGAGAAAGUCCGAAAAAAGGUCUGAGAAAAAAGAAAAUUCUCUUUGUUCAUCACUCCUGAACGAUAAAGUUGUCGCUCGUUACAGUGUUUGUGUAACUCGUGGUGAUGAAAGAGAUACCAAUGCAGAAAAUGUAUUGCGAAUGAAGAGACUAGACAAUUCUUUACAUUUAAUGGGAAGAAAUUCAUGUCAAAAGAAAAAGCCAUUUAAAGUGUUGGUCAGAACAACUGAUGGUAAUUUUGUAUGAAGAUAUUGUUUUGGAUAUUCCUUGGUUUCAUACAAGUUGAUAUGGCUGUCGUAUUUUCCUUUCAUAUAACCAUCCUGACUAGACAUGUGCAAAGAUAUACAUGGUAUCCAAAACUAACACUCACGUGAAAACUCAAAAUUUUCUUGUUUACAUUUCCAGCCGACUUAAUCCAUAGUCUUCCUGUCGCUCUCUACAACAAUUCAUUUUAUACGUGUAUUUGGGACACCUUGUGAUGUUGUGUGUAUGGUUGCGCUACCUCGUAUGCUAAAAAACAACGUCGUUCAUUCUAUGGUUGUAUAGCAUGGUAGUCCUGCUUUGUAACCAACCUUGUACUAUUUCUACUUGUUUUCAUCGUAGUUGUACUAUGUAACCAACUUAACUAUAUUCCAUUGCUGUAUACCAUGAUGCUAUGUAACCAACUUGGUAUAAACUAUGGCAGUUUCCAUGAUAGUCCUUAUAAAAUGUAUUACCAAGCGGGUAUAAUUUAUUGUACAACAUGGUAGAAGCCGUAAUAUAGUAAUAAAAAUUCUAUAUUGAAAA